UAAUUCUUGUCUCAGAAGGAAGGAAUACUACUACUGAAGUUCAGUGAGGGCUUGUUUUGACUUGUCUAACCUUUUAAUACAUUAACAUAAUUUGCUCUCCACUUAUUUGGCAGGGCAGAGGACUAUCUCACAGCCAGACUCACCCUGAGAAGAUUUCCACCUCCUCAGCUUGAAGAUGGAGGAUGAACAUGCUCACUGUAUGUCCUGUGUUAACCAGAGAUGCAUGGCCAAACCUCAACCAGGCAUUUCUUGUGAUAUGAUGACCUGUUCUCUGGUGUGUGGUGCUGUAUUUCACUCCUGCAAAGCUGAUGAGCACUACCUCCUGUGCCCACUGUUGAGAGUCCCCUGCCUUAACAGUGGCUAUGGCUGUCCUGUCACCAUGGUGCGCAACCAAAUGUAUGCACACCUCGAGGUGUGUCCUGCUGGGGUGGUGUGCUGCACUAUGGAGUGGAACAGAUGGCCUGUUAGCUGCCUGGACUAUACUUCCUAUGAGAGCCUGAGUCGUGGGGUGGAGGAGGUGGAGCAACUGGACAUGGCACUUGCCCUUCAGGACCAGCGCACAUUGCUCGAGUCCCUCAAGGUGAUAUCUAUGGCACCCACUGCAGAGAAAGAGCCACUUGUCCCUGUAAGUAAGAGUAACAUGGACACAGACUCAGCUUUGCUUGCAUCUGUCCCUGAGGCCUCCUCCAUUGAGUUACCUACGCAGUCAUCAUCCCCAUGUCCACCACCAUUAACUCAACCAGGCUCAGCAAAGGAGAGAAUUGUCAGUGGAAUUAAUGGGCUGAACGAGGAGCAUUUCACUAAACUCUAUGAGGCUACACUCGUGACUGCUAGAAGCUUAGCUGCUGCUUUGGACAUUGUUAGCAGUGCCAGCUCCUCUGACAGCAACAUACAGCAUGUAAACAGAGAGGCUGCUGAGCUGGAGAGUAGAUUGAUGAGCAAGAGCAACGCAGGCCUUCAGAAUGGACUGGAAGACAAAACACCUGUAGCUGCUGAUGGUUUUAAUACAAGAGAGACAGAUGAGCAGAGUGUUUGCUCCAGCUGCUUGAGUGGAAAUGGGGCUCAGAAAGGAACAGAUGAAAAAACUCCAAACACAACAAACGGUCCACUGUCAGCAGCCACAGAGGCCUGUGUGGAGACGGCCUGUGUGGAGACAGCCUGUUCAGUUGAUGUGCAAGAUGAUAUUAAUGCUGGUGCUUCUGAGGAGCCAGUGACCCCUCCAGUGUCAUCUCCAGUGCAUAUCAGCCAAGGUGUGGCACAGAGAGCUAGUCAUGUGGUUCUAGACGACAGGGGGCUAGUGCUCCUAGAGAACCAUGGGCCUCAGCGGAAGUUCCACAACUACCAGUUUUAUAGGGGUCAGGGUCAGUGUUCACUACCUAAUGGACGAAUAGGAUUCAUCCCAGACAGGUCACUGUUUCGCUUGCGACCCAAAAUGGAGGACAAGGCAGUGGAUACCUCAGACCUGGAGCAGGUUGAUGAUCCCAUGGGUCUGGGAGAGAUUGAUCUGAUCACAGCAGCCCUGCUGUUCUGUCUAGAGGAGUCCAGAGAGUGUAGAAGGAUCUCUGAUACAAUCUAUGUUGAUGGCUACCGUGUUGACUUUGGUACACAGACUUUCACUUUCCCUGCAGCCAUCUUGGUAACCAACACAAGAGUGGGUGACAUGGCCUCUGCAUCUGCCUGUGACCAUGCUGCCCCCCAGCUCACCUACCCCAGCCCUUUCCGCACUCUUCGCCUUGGCCUUGUCUUGGAAGCUCUGGAGGUUGAGGCAGUCCCACAUAACCGCUACCUUCCUCCGAACCCCCGCUACCAGCACAUGUUUCCCUUUGUCUGUGGCCAGUCGUUCCGCAGGGAUCAGUUUUCUUCUCAUUUCACCAAUGUCCAUGGUGACAUUCAUGCUGGUCUCAAUGGUUGGAUGGAGCACCGCUGCCCCCUGGCAUAUUACGGCUGUACUUUUUCCCAGAGGAGGUUUUAUCCCUCCUCCAAGGGGGCCAAGGUGGUUCAUGACAGGAACCUCAGGUCUUUUGGGGUUCAGCCUUGCCCAAGGGCAAGUCUUCCAAGUAACACCCAAUCUGACCAAUUGAGUGGGCUGCCCAUUGAAAUACUGUGGCACAUAGCUGGGUUCUUAGACAGUUUUAGCCUGUGUCAGCUGUCAUUGGUGUCACGGACUAUGAGGGAGGUGUGUGCCAGUCUCCUCCAGACCCGAGGCAUAGUGGAGCUGCAGUGGGAGCGAAGGCAAUGCCAUGGUGCUCAUGGCACUGUGUCAUGGCAGGUCAAAAACAGAGUGUGGAGAUUCAGCACUGCCUUCAGCCCAGUGUUGUCAUGGGGUUUCACUGAUCUCCCCAGCAUGUCGGACCAUCUUAAGAGGUGCCACUACAACACAGUGGAGCACAAGACGGAGCCCGUUCCCCUUCCUGCCAUGUGUACUGCACGAGACGGAUACUCACUGCGUCGCGUCUUGCGUCACGUUAACACCUGACCAAACAAGACUGAUCUCUCGUAGCUGCACAAGUGUCACUCUGGUAUUAUGUGGAUGUUGCAAUUAUUUUAAAAAACAGUUAACUCUUCCUGUAUUACACUAGAUUGUGAAGAAGCCUUAAUGACAUAACACACUACUUGCUACAGUGAAGGAAUAUAUUGAGCAUUUAGCUUUGCAUGGGUUUAUGCUGCAAAUGCACUCGUAUUCUGAUAAGAUAAAGUAUAUUUUCUUGAAGACAAAUAUGCACAAUAGAUUUAUAUUAUUCUGUGUGAUAUACUGAGAAAAUGGAAAAAGAUUUAAAUGUUUUCACUAUCUUGCCUUUCAGUAGUAGCCAUGGGGAAAAAGCAAAUUGUCGGUUAUAUUGCAUCAUUUCUGUGUAACAGAGGUUAUGCUAGCACUUUACACAGGAUUUGCUAAUCCCCCCUAUGUCGCUUGGUGACCCUAAAUGAUCUAGUUUUCUGAUCCCUGUAGAGGGUGUCUAUCCAAUGCAAACUGGACUCAUGGCCACACUGUUGUCUGUAUCUGUAGGAUGUCAGGACAUGAGUCAAAACAGAUGGAUAUUUAUAUGAGGAUUGCCCAAUAAUGCAUGUGAUUUGCUACCAUUUAAUAAAGUCUUUACAUC